CUGUACAACGAGGACGCACAUCGAACUCCCAGAGCAGCCCGGGACAGUACCUGACCAACGGCACCGACCCGUACAACGGCCAACCCUACCUCUCCGGUUUCAUUUCUCUGCUGCUGCGCGCCGAGCCCUACCCCACGUCUCGCUACGGGGCCCAGUGCAUGCAGGGAAACAACCUGAUGGGCAUCGAGAACAUCUGUGAGCUGGCGGCCAGGCUGCUGUUCAGUGCCGUAGAGUGGGCCAAGAACAUCCCCUUCUUCCCAGACCUGCAGCUCAUGGACCAGGUGGCGCUGCUGCGUAUGUCAUGGAGCGAGCUCUUUGUCCUCAAUGCCGCCCAGUGCUCCAUGCCGCUCCAUGUGGCCCCUCUGCUGGCAGCGGCCGGCCUGCACGCCUCGCCCAUGUCCGCGGAGCGCGUGGUGGCCUUCAUGGACCACAUCCGCGUCUUCCAGGAGCAGGUGGAGAAGCUGAAGGCCCUGCAGGUGGACACGGCUGAAUACUCCUGCCUCAAGUCCAUCGUGCUCUUCACGUCCGAUGCUAUGGGUCUGUCAGAUGUCGCCCAUGUGGAGAGCAUCCAGGAGAAGUCUCAGUGCGCCCUGGAGGAGUACGUAAGGAACCAGUACCCCAGCCAGCCCAACCGCUUCGGCCGCCUCCUCCUGCGCCUGCCCUCCCUGCGCAUCGUCUCCUCUCCGGUCAUCGAGCAGCUGUUCUUCGUGCGCCUGGUCGGCAAGACGCCCAUCGAGACUCUGCUCCGCGACAUGCUGCUCUCGGGCUCCAGCUACAACUGGCCCUACAUGCCCACCGUGCAGCGCGAGCGGCCCAUCUCCCUCCACUAUAACGAGAACGGGCCUUGAGGUGGAGCGAGCGAGCGAGCGACCGAGGAGAAGCUGCAGGAGAAAUUUCAGGCUCUGCUACUCCAUCCAUCCAUCUUUACUUCUCUUCAUUCUCUGCGAUCAGUUUCUCAGCUCUCCCAGAGGAUGCGCCUUUCCUCGCCAUUCCACUCAAAACAUCCGCUCCGACGGUACAGUCCGUUACCGUCCAGGUCACACAGAGCCAGCCAAUCAUUCACCUCGGCCGCCGCAGGAACCUGCCGGGCCGCUGCAGUUCCCUCAACCGGCGACGUAAUCUUCAUUUGAGAUGUGGCACGAGAUGGACUGGUUGGUAGAACGGGUUAUAUUGCACAGUUCACCAGCAGGUCUGUUGGACUCGCUUCAGAUGUCAUGUUACAAACCCCAAGCAAAACAGAGGCAGCGAAAGACUUUUGCUCUGCUGUCGGUGCUACGCCUUCCACCACAGAGGCCGUAAACGAGCAUCGCAGUGCGGCGAAUACCGAGCGAGGGCUUUGCCAAUGGGACUCUACAACCGAGAGCACAGGGCCCCCGCUGCAUAGUUACCAAUUUUUAAAAAGAAAACCAGAAGCCAUUAAAAAAAUAAAUAAAUAAAUAAGACAAAUGCCAAAAUGUCUUGGACUUUUGCAGAGGACAUGUUUUAAUUGUGUGUUUGUAUCAGCACUGUUUAUAUGGGAGAGAAAACUCAUGAUUGUGUCCAUAUGUACAGUUUACCGUUGAUUCAUAGGCAUCUAUAGCAUAUUAGGCUUCAAUGGGAAAAGCUCAGGUUCAAAGGGUGGGUAUGGACGGACGAACACGCCAAUAUCAGUACGGGAAAAUACAAAAACACUGCAAAAAUUCACACUAAUCAGCAGCCUGUGCCAAAGCUGGGAAACACAUUUUGUUUUGGAUUCUUUUUGCGGUAGUGUUGGUGAUGAAAAUGUAAUGUUUGGUUUGUCUUUAAUUUGACUAUAUGCUUGUUUCUGGGAGGGGAGGGGGAGGGGGAGGGGGUCUCAGGGGGGCAGAGGAGUUUGUAAUAAAAUAAAUACAAAUAAAAAGCUGAGGCACUUGCAUUGUAAUCAGAACCCACACUCUCGCUCACUCCUGCUAAAUCACAGCACUGGUAGUUUCCCCCUUUGUGUAACUUGAUCAGUCUAUGAUUUCACUCGCUCACGAUGCUCAGUCUGUAAACUCCUCACACCAUGUUAGCGCCGGGGGCGACACAGCUCAUCUUCAUCCUUCUUUUCAAUUUAGUCACGAUUGUCAAUAUUGGACCUUUUUUUUUUUUUCGGAUUGGGGGAGGGGGGAUAUUUUUACAAAAUUAGCUGUACUUGCCUUAGAACAAACAUUUUGUCACUGAGCAUUUACUGUAUCUUAUGACUGUGCCAUAAUCUCUCGUUACCUGUUAUAACAGGUAUUAUGUCCUGUCAGGAGAGGAACUGAACUCAUGUGAUGUAAAAAUGGAUAACGUGCACAUAAUGAUAAUAUUAAUAAUAAUAAUGUCACCGAAAUGUGAUGCAAGAGAUUUAUUUUAGUGCAUCAACUUAAAAGACGUUUCUUAUUUAACAUCAUCAGCACUUUCAUUUUUGUUUUUAGACCUCACGCAAAGUUCUUUUCCACUUCCUGAUGAUUUUGUCAUGUAGGGAAAAUCCUCCUGGACUCAUCUGAGCUUAUCGUACCGAUACCGUAGAGAAAUGUAUCACUAACCUCUGAAAACCUCAGUCUACGUUACAAUAAUAUCCCAGUUGGACUCAUGACUGUGACCUAGUUUAGGAAUAUUUGAAGAUGUUUGUUUUUUUGUUUUUUUUUUCCAACCUGUAUCACAUUUCCAACAUGGCACUGUGCUAUCGAUGUCAAGUCAUCUGGGACCUUAGAAAUGUGUCUGUCGAUAAAGGAAUUCACAGAAAGUUUCUAUGAGUUUGUUCUUAUCCCCUCGACUUUUGUUUGAAAAUAUGGAAUUUCCAUUAACUGAAAUAAAAUUCUGUUGUUCACAGGA